UCAGCCAACAGAGGAAGAGUCGCAGUGGGUGCAGUUUACGUCGAGCACUCGACGCUAAUAAGCUGGUUAAAUAAACAUUUCUAAAACUAUUUUUUUGUUUAUUGAACCGGGACCAGGAGUUCCAGUUUACACCUUUCAACAACUUCUUCGUGAAGAUGAGCUUCUUGUUUGGCAGUCGCUCAUCCAAGACCUUCAAGCCGAAGAAAAACAUCCCAGAAGGAUCCCACCAGUACGAGCUGCUGAAACAUGCUGAGGCUACACUGGGCAGCGGGAACCUGAGACAGGCUGUCAUGCUGCCUGAGGGAGAGGAUCUCAAUGAAUGGAUUGCUGUCAACACGGUGGAUUUCUUCAACCAGAUCAACAUGCUGUAUGGCACCAUCACUGAGUUCUGCACUGAGACCAGUUGUUCAGUGAUGUCUGCAGGACCAAGGUAUGAGUAUCACUGGGCUGAUGGCACCAAUAUUAAAAAGCCAAUCAAAUGCUCUGCACCUAAGUACAUUGACUACUUGAUGACCUGGGUGCAGGAUCAGCUGGAUGAUGAAACCCUUUUUCCCUCCAAGAUUGGAGUUCCCUUUCCCAAGAAUUUCAUGUCUGUGGCCAAAACCAUCCUGAAGCGUUUGUUCAGGGUUUAUGCUCAUAUCUACCACCAACAUUUUGACUCUGUGAUGCAGCUGCAAGAAGAGGCUCACCUCAACACCUCCUUUAAGCACUUCAUUUUCUUCGUCCAG